ACUGCAAGGCAAGGCAUUCUUGAGAUGGCAUCCGUCUUGCUUGUGAAUAAAGUCCUGGCACCAUACCGCUAGCUGCCCGGCUCACCUUUCACAUCUUGGGUGCCAGAGGAAAGCAGAAGUACAAGACUGAAGGCUGCGGCGGCACAGGCAGGACUUGGCACCCGCUAAGAAGCAAAGCCCCAACGAACACCCUUUUCCUUUGAAGGGCAUGUGGAGUCCAGCAACCUGAGAUGCUGACUUAUGCGUCGGACGCUUUCUUCACUCACAAUGGUCCCUGACCUGCGGUCGUUUAAAGCGUUUUGAAGUGCGUUCGAAAUUCAGCUUGUUUUCAGGUAAUGACUGAAGGAGAACCCCUGAUGAAUCCUCUGCAAAGAUGCCAUGCCGCGGAUGAGAACAGUUCUGUUUCUGCCUGUCCAAAGGCCUGGGUCGAGCCAACGUUCACGCUUGCCGCCAAGGUCCGGGUAGUCAUCACCAGCUGCUUCUUUGUGUUUGCGACAUGCAGCAACUCGGUUGUCUUCGCCAGCGUCGUGAGGAAGCGGCGCAAAUCCCACGUCCAGCUGCUCAUUCUGAGCUUAACCGUGGCAGACUUGUUGGUCACCGUGGCCGUCAUGCCGUUGGAUGCGGUGUGGAACGUCACCAUUCAGUGGUACGCCGGCGACGCCCUGUGCAAAAUCUUGAAUUUCCUCAAGCUCUUUGCUAUGUACUCGGCUGCCCUGGUGCUGGUGGUGAUCAGCUUAGAUCGGCACGCCGCCAUCCUGCACCCUUUUUCGUUUGCAAAUUCCAGCCACCGGAACCGCAUCAUGCUCUGCGUUGCAUGGAUGCUAAGCGUCUUGCUGGCCUCUCCUCAGCUCUUUAUCUUCCACCUUCACACCAUCCCAGGGGUCAACUUCACCCAAUGUGUGACGCACGGGAGUUUCCGGGAACACUGGCAGGAGACCACCUACAAUAUGUUCACCUUCACAACCCUCUAUGUCACCCCGUUAAGCGUCAUGAUCAUUUGCUAUGUCCACAUCUUGUUUGAGAUCAGCAAGCAGCUGAAAAUAAAUAAAGGUCUGGCAAGAGGCAAAGACGACCACAUUUCCAAGGCCCGCAUGAAGACACUCAAAAUGACUAUCGUGAUAGUGGCUUCUUUCAUUGUUUGCUGGACUCCUUACUACCUUCUGGGCUUGUGGUACUGGUUCCAGCCCGACAUGAUCAGUCAGAUGCCGGAAUACAUCAAUCACUUCCUGUUUCUCUUUGGCCUGCUGCACACGUGCACGGACCCCAUCAUUUACGGGCUGUACACCCCGUCCUUUCGAGAGGACAUGAAGGCGUGCCUCAGGAGUCUUGAGAAGGCUGUGACCCGCCAGGAGAGAAGCAAGCUUGCGUCUGUUUCCGAGAGGAACAGAGAUUAUCACGACAGCGGAGUGGCACCUUCAAUUGCUUCCAAUGGGGGAACUCUGAACACAGCUUGCUAGAGGGAAUACCUGCACCUUCAGGACUAGUUUGCACGUGAUGGUCUCACCUUGGUUACAUGUAUACUAGAAAACUUGCAGCUGAAUGUAUAACCAAGCUCCAUUAAAAAGGUUUAAUCCUC